GUUCUGGGUUAACAUUUUGUUUGCUUUUCAGGAUGGACUACAGCUUGAUGCGGAGGCAAUGGGUCUCUAUCAGAUAAAUAUUACUGGAACUCAAUCCGCAGCAGGUCAAGAAAGCUUUAUAAUUGAUAUAUCACACGGGUGUCACAAGGUCAGGUUAAGCAGGGACUGCCCGGCAGCUAAACCAAACGUUGAGGUUACCCUGGAGAGUACAGACCUCCUUGCUGUUCUUCAAGGGUCCCUUUCCCCCCUCCAGGCGUAUUUAACUGGUCGAAUAUCCGCAACGGGAGAUGUAAAAAAACUGAUGUUUUUCGACAAAAUAUCCAGCAAAGGGCACAAGACAGGAUCAAUGUUCAACAUCUAAAUUCUUUUCAUAAUUCUUAUUUUAUAAUAGUUUUUUUU